UCUCAAUGGAUGACGAUAGUUUUUUCUCAGUGGAUGACGGACUCUGGUGGCCUCCCGUUUUCCUGCAAGACGAUGCUGACUUUGAGCAGCUGCCAGGGAUGAAUCGCAGCUCAUCGGAAUGGGCAUUCCAGCAGUAUCUGCAGGAAGCCACCUCGCCCGAUCAUGUCAUCACCACCUUGCCAGCCGAUGACGUCGUUCAGAUCAACGCCAACCAUCACCAACCGCCGCCACCUCCCCCGCUGAAUAUUCCGACCGAUCAACGUGAGCUCCUCAAAAGCCGCCUCGAAUUGGCUUGUGCCUCCGUCGUCGCUUUGUCUUGGGCACCUAAAGGCAAGGCUCCGGAAUCUAAUGCAGCGGCUGAUGUUGGGUCUCAGGUUUCAAAUAAAGCAAAUGGAAGGGAUUCAUCAAAGACACAAGUCAAGGAUUUUAGUGAAACGGUUGGUGUACAACCUGUUCUUUCAGUUGCUCAAGUGAGGUCUACAUUAAGUGGCUCUUCUAGGGAUCAGCCUGAUGAUGAUGGCAGAGAAACUGAGGCUACUCAAAAUAUGGACCCUGCUGAUGCAAAACGCAUGAGAAGACUGAUUUCGAAUAGAGAAUCAGCUCGCCGAUCAAGGAAGAGGAAGCAGGCCCAUAAGCCUGAGGUUAAGACACGGAUCUCUGAGUUAACAGUUGAAAAUGCCACAUGCCUCAAGCGCUUUUCAGACAUAAACCAGAAGUGCAAUGAAGCAGUAGUUGGCAAUAGAGUUCUGAAGGCUAAUGUUGAAACCAUGAUAGCUAAGGUGAAAAUGGCAGAUGGAGAUGUGAAAAGAGUAACUGUCUUGAACUCAAUAACCACGCCAGGCAUGCAAUCCUUGGUUCGCAGUCCUGAAACAUCAGCACCAAUACAAGAUCAGCGCUACUAUCAACACCCAUCUAAUAAUCACUUUAAUAACCUUAUACCACCAAACACUACGGUUGACACGAUGGGAACAAGUGUCCCUAUGCAGACACUAGCUGACUCGGAACAUAUGCAGAAGCACACCUGUGAAGGAGCGAGUUCCUACGCUACUGGAGAACACUUAGGCUUCAUCCAAAGAUCGUGGCACUGAUGCCCUCAGCAAACCUGAUCCUUAGCUAUGCAGUUUCUAUUUAUGGAAGAAGAAGUUUAUGGCGCUUUUGAUUCGCAACUCUCAAGUAUGGAAAUGUUAAUGACUAUUUCAUGUGGCUUUUUAUAUUCCUAUAUUUCGUACUCCCUCCGUUCCAUAGUAAUGUAGUCAUUUGUCAUUUUGGUACGUU